AUGAGGUUCAGCCAAGUAUCUUAUCUCGCUGCCCUGGCUGGAAGCCAGCUCGUCGUUGCUGACGGAGAGGCUCACGGCGAAGGCCUGGAAGGCUCUUCCAUGGGCCCCGUCGCCUUCCUCUGGCCUGAGGAUAGGCCCUGGAGCGCCUCGGCUGAUAACAGCGGGCCUUGCGGGAGUGCCAGCGGUGUGGUGAACCGAACUGCCUUCCCGAUAUCUCAGGGGACUGUGUCUCUGUCCAUCGCAGACGAGGCUUGGAACGUCAAUUUCUCUAUUGCAUAUGACAACAGUCAGUAUCAACAUAUAUCUCAUCUUUCGCAGACCACCCCACUAAAAAAGUUCCCAGCUCCUACCAUCCAGAGCCAGUUCUCCCAACAGGUCGUCAGCGAGGUCACUGAGAUCGAGCCCGGCCACCAAUGCUACAAGGUCGGCAACGUGCCCAGCACCGUGACCGCGGGGAGCAACGCAACCAUCCAGCUCGCGUACUGGUCCAACGUCGACACCGAGCUCAGCGGCAGCAACCAGACGUUCUACGCCUGCGCUGACAUUACCUUCGUCGAGCUCCAGGACUUCACGACCAACGCGCCCUGCUUCAACGUCACGGCCUCCGAGUUCGACUCCUCUUCCCCCUCCUCCUCCUCCUCUACUGCUACCCCAGCGGCGGGCAGCAGCAGCAGCGAUGGCCUCACCACCGGAGCAAAGGCCGGCAUCGCCGUCGGCGUCAUCGUAGCGUCCCUUGCCAUCGUCGGCGCUGUCGCCUUCGUCGUUCUGCGCAGACGCAGGGCCCAGCCGCUCGACCACGAGGCGGCGGCGGCUGCGAAGAAGGGAUUGCAGCCGGAGGUCGCGUCGGUCGUUAGUAGCCGACACUAA